AUGUUAGCCGCCAUCGGUACAUCCAUUCCUCACAUCCGCAUUUCGCCUGCUUCGCCAGUCAAGGCAUAUCCAGAGCCCUACUCCCCGUUUCAAGUUCAUUCCGCAGGCAACACAGACACGGAUGAUUGCAGGCGCCGUCCACAACCAUUGAGCCCUCAAUACCACUUUCCAGCCAUAUCCCCAAGGCAUUCGUCUCCUCUUCGUCCUGCAGACUGUCCUCCUCCAAGAGAGCUUCAUCGCGAUCAGUUUGAUCUGCUUCUCGAAGUAUCGCGUGACAAGAGAGCUGCGCUCGGUUCAAGAAAGGUCCCAGAUCUGCGCAAGGAACUUGCCAUUAAGAACCAGAGAAAUAAACAACUCGAGCGUCGUGCAUUCUUUCUGUCAAGAAUUCAGGAACCUACGUUAUCCACUACAGGUUCUAAAACUCCUGUGGAGUUCCCUGGCGUUAAUCAUUGCGCACUUUCAUCUCUCGGCCUUGGCUCACCGUUGUCAUACUCGUCUGCCGAGGGGCAUGAUGGUUGGAUUGAAAAAGACCUCCUCGAGCGUCGCACCUGGUUCGAACCGACGGAUUGUCGUCUACCUAUCAGCAAGCCCAAGGCAGACCCGAAGUUUGGCACUAGACGCAAAAUUCCAUCGCUGGAAGAGAUCAUCGCCCGUGUCGGACCAUCCCAUCCUCCAUCGAUAGCCAAUGAGCCUACCUUCGUAACACCCCGUCUACCCACAUUCCUAAGGAACGAUAAGAUCUCGUCGCCUACACGGGUUAUCUCAGACACGAAACCUAGUAUCAACAUCGGCAGACUACAUAUGCCCGUUAGGCGCCGUCAAAGUAGCGACUCUAUAUCUUAUAUGCGGGCGAGCAUCAUGCCCAACUCUCCUUGUUACCCGAACAUCGAGGUAGCCAGUUCCCGUGCUCGUGGUAAUGCGAUGUGCGCAUUCACCGAGUCCAAUAUGCAUGCCCUUGGCCGAGCCAACACUGCUCGUGAAAUGAUUACCACUAUCAAACGUCGCACGUCUCCUCCCCCAUGCCUUGCACAGCCUAGGCCAAAGAGACAUAGCGCUCCCGCGGAGAUGCAACUAAGAGGCCGCUCAGGCUUCGGGCAUCCAAUUAUGUCGUUGCCUGGGGCUUUCUGA